AUGGAUAUUGAAUCGUGGGUUGAGUUGCUUAUAUGGCACGGCGAGCUGUGGCAGAUAACCGUCUGUUGUCUGUUAAUUUUUUGCUUCGUCUGGACGUUUAAUCGGCUCUACUUUCGGCGUCGUUCGGAGAGAUUUCUUCAUCUGCAGGUGCGGGAUCCUCGAAAGGGGCACUGGUGGAGUUCCUCGGACUUUAUCAACAAACCGACGUAUUGCAGCGUGUGUGAGGAGCCGUUCGUGAAAGGAAACUUCUGCGAUUCCUGCCUCGUGUGCACCCACGACAGAUGCGUGAGCGCGGCCGACAGACGGAUUGCAUGCAAGGCUUUGGUUUUGACGCGCGCCAGCUCCAUGCGGCAUCAUUUCGUGAAAGGGAAUCUGCCGUUGUGUAGUUCGUGUGCUCGUUGUGGCCGUGCGUGCGCCGUCGAGCCGCGUCUGUGUGACAUUCACUGCGUUUGGUGUCAGAAAACGUGGCACGAAGGCUGUGUGGCUGAUAUUACCGACUCGGAUUGUGAUUUGGGGCCGUACGCGUCGAUGUUGGUGCCGCCGUACUGUCUGACGUUGAAGAUGGAAGGAUGGAGAGGGCAGAGGAGGUUGGUGAUUGAUAGUGUUGGUGAUCCGGGUAUUUCGGAUUGGAGACCGAUGCUUGUGUUGGCCAAUCCGAGGAGUGGAGAGAAAGUUGGUGACCACCUGUUGUCGGCGUUUAGGAAUCUGCUUAAUCCAGUGCAAGUUGUCAGUCUCGCUGAAGUAUCUGCUGAAUCUGCGCUUGAUCUCUGUCGACUCAAGGACGAUCGCCAGUGGUGUGUUAUUGUAUGUGGAGGAGAUGGCUCAGUUGCAUGGGUCCUUAGUGCCAUUGACAAGGCUCAACUAAAAAUUCAACCUGUUCUGGGCAUUAUUCCUCUUGGCACAGGAAAUGACUUAGCUCGGGUGUUAGGAUGGGGUUCUGGUUACGACAAUGAAGACAUCGUUGAAGUUCUUAAUGAUCUAAAGAAUGCUAAAACUGUAAAGCUAGAUAGAUGGAGAGUUGAUGUUGAUCAUUCUCGUUUUAUGGGUCUUCGGCGACCGUCUAAGCGUAUUAUAAUGAAUAACUACUUUGGCAUCGGCUGUGAUGCAAACGUCACUUUGAAUUUUCACAACAGAAGGGAGAGCAUGCCGUUUCUAUUCAGAAGUCGAGUCAUAAAUAAAGCUGUUUUCUUUGGUUACGGAUCAAAAGAGGUUCUAGCCAGAAGCUGCAAGAACUUACAGAAGCGACUGGAAGUAGAACUAGAUGGUGUGCAUCUUGAACUACCAGAACUCGAAGGCAUCGUCGUUCUGAACAUCAACAGUUGGGGUGCAGGCGUCCCAGUGUGGGGAGACGGCGACACUAAGAACGGACCAAGUCGUUUUGAUGAUGGAUUUGUCGAAGUCUUUGCUGUCUACUCGUCUCUUCAUAUUGCUAAGUUACAAGUAUCGUUAGCCGAGCCGCACAGACUCGGACAAGCUCGUAGUGUUCGAAUUACUCUGAAGUCUGGAUGGGCGCCGGUGCAUGUGGAUGGCGAGCCAUGGCAACAGUCGCCCGGGACGAUCACGAUCUCACAUUUUAAUCAGAUGACCGUCCUUUGUAAAUAGAAGUGUUACAGUGUGGCAAGUGUGAGGUUGCUGCUCGCGGUUGAGUCGUGGUAUGAUUUUUAAUUUUUUCUUCAGUUUGAUAGGAUGACGGUUGGUGUGUAACACAUCAGUCUUUCUCUCUCACUAUGAGAGAUAACAAGUUGUGUCUGUUUGUUGAUUUACCUACAGAGUGUUUUCAUUCAUUAAAGUUAAAUAUAGCAAAUGUACAUUUUAACAAGCAAUUCACGUGUCUUAAUUAAUUAAGUUAAGCAAUAGUAACUACCAGCAAGUCACGUGACUUAAUUAAUUAAGUUAAGUAAUAGUAACUACCAGCAAGUUACGUGUCUUAAUUAAU